GCUGCUUUUGGAAAAGUCAUUAUUGUUAAACGUCUGAAGGAAAGUGAUUCUACUCAAAUACAGAUGAACACAAAGCCUUUAAAAAUAACCAGAAGCCUACGCAAAAGGUCAAAGUUUGCUAUGCCAGAGCCAGCUUAG